AUGUCUCAUUCGCACGACGGAUCCCACUCUCAUUCUCACGAGGCUGUUGACCACGGACACAGCCAUGAGAUUCUAGAUGGUCCUGGAUCCUUCUUGGGCCGUGAGAUGCCUAUCGUUGAAGGUCGUGACUUCAAGGAACGAGCCUUCACGGUCGGUAUCGGUGGCCCCGUGGGAUCUGGAAAGACUGCACUUAUGCUGGCCCUUUGCCUGGCUCUCCGCGAAAAGUACAACAUCGCUGCUGUCACCAACGACAUUUUCACCCGCGAGGACUGCGAAUUCUUGACAAGACACAAGGCUCUGCCUGCUGAACGUAUUCGAGCCAUCGAGACUGGAGGCUGCCCUCAUGCUGCCGUGCGUGAGGACAUCUCGGCAAACCUGGCUGCUUUGACGGAUCUCCACCGCGAAUUCAACACUCAGUUGCUGCUUAUUGAGUCUGGCGGUGACAACCUGGCUGCAAACUACAGCCGUGAACUUGCCGACUUUAUCAUUUACGUUAUCGAUGUGUCGGGAGGCGACAAGAUUCCUCGCAAGGGCGGUCCUGGAAUCACACAGUCUGACUUGCUUGUUGUCAACAAGACUGAUCUGGCAGAACUUAUUGGUGCUGAUCUCGGAGUCAUGGACAGAGACUCGAGGAAGAUCAGAGAGGGUGGGCCUACUAUCUUCGCCCAAGUCAAGAACGGCAAGGGUGUGGAUCACAUCGUCGAUUUGAUCUUGAGCGCAUGGAGAAGCAGCGGUGCGAGCGAAGCCAACCCUCAAUAG